AUGCAAGUGUCUUCAGUUGCUUCAGAAUCAGCCUUUAGUACUUCAGGAAGAGUUUUAGAACCGAGUAGGAGCUGCUUGACUCAUUACACAAUUGAAGUUUUGAUGUGUCUUGAGCAAUGGAUGAAGUGUGAGUUUAGAAUGAAUGACAAAGUGGUCAAGAAGGAACAGCUGUUAGCAGAGCUAGAGGUUCAAGAUAAUCUCAUGCGAGAGUUUGAACCAGCAUUCACCUUUAAAGCACCUUGA